AUGUCUUUGGCUCAAGCUCAACCAGUAGCAGUCAAGUCUGAGGGCGAUGUCAGGACCACCGGCGACAAUGGUGUGUUAGCAACGCGAUCGCCAGCCAGUCCUGGGCCAACUCCAGUGCAAACGCCGGGCACAAACAAGCGGCUGAAUAUGGAACAAAUGGUGGAGGACUUCAGCGAACAUUUGGGCAAAGAAAACUGGAGCAAAUACGCACACGUCGUAAGUUUAUUCAUAUUGGGCAAACUUUCGAGGAAAGAGCUUACGAAGGAGCUUGACCUUCUGUUUUCGCCGCCUGCUGAUGAUGCUCAACGAAAUUCGCGUCAAUCUGUAGCAGGACGCAGCACACUCGUGCAAUUGCAUAAUCAACUUCUCCUGGCAAUUCUCGCGAAUUCAUUGCGAGAUUCGCCUCUCGAUAGCCUGGGAGAUGGCAUCUGGGGGUUUAAUAACAGUAGUGCGCAGGCCAAUAAAAGAAGAAUCAACAAGCAUAACUCUCAAAUCGAAACUUACAAGAAAAUCGUCAUGUCACUGCCUCCACGAGAUCGAAACAGGCUCAAGGCGGUCACCAAAGAAGCUGGCAAAAGAGGGUUCGUGCUUUGCUCGGUAUUGCAGGCUAGGCUUAACACAAUCCCCAAGAUACCGAUCGUGACAAAUCCGAACACACUUAAGAGGGUCAAGGCUAGCAAUUUGAAAACUCCCUUAGAAUGGUCUCAGGAAAUUGUGAAUGGCUUUUCUGCUCCUUUGGCUACAGAAAGCUUUUCGCUUCCGGAUUCUGAUUCUCUUUAUCUGCGUAUCAUUAGUAUUGCUCGGGAGCACGGUCUGGUGGGUGCUGUGGAUGGUAGAUGUGUCGAAAUCCUCACUUUGGCACUGGAAAAUUAUCUCAAAAAUAUAGUCGAAUCCGCCAUUGAUACCGUUCGAUAUCGUGAAAAACACUAUUCCGAUUAUUACGAUUUGAGUAACGAGUCAUUCAAUCAGGAACUCGCCGAGGAAGAUGACGACAGCGAAACGGCGAAUCUCUCUACAACAAUAUCUCUCACGAACGAGGAUUUAGCACAGAGUCUCACAAUUUACCCAAAUCUAGUUGCUCCAACCGGAGCAUUCUUGAAGCUUGGUACCUGUGGGUUACUCAAUGAUGACGAUUUGAUUCAAACAAAAAGUAGCAUUGAUGACCUCCCCGAGUUUUUAGAGGAUAAGCCCAACUUCACGCCGGUCGAUGAUAGAAAUGUGGGCACUAGAGAUGAACUAAAUUGGCUAAUCAAAGACAUCUUGACUCGAGAAUAA